GAAGCCCCACUUGGCCAUAACCUCAGGAAGGUCUCAGACCCCAUCUCAUUUCAAAGCCACUUCUGAAGCCACUUGAGAAGAAUGAUGUGACAGGUCUAUCAGAAAGGAUUCUUCGGAAACAUAGAGCAUCUGUGAAGAAAGUGGCCAUUUUUCUCUUUACUGAAAUAAACAUUCUCAAAUUCCAAAAUGCCAGCCAAGACCCCAAUUUACCUGAAAGCUGCCAAUAACAAGAAAGGAAAGAAAUUUAAAUUGAGGGACAUUUUGUCUCCGGAUAUGAUUAGUCCUCCCCUUGGAGACUUUCGCCACACCAUUCAUAUUGGCAAAGAGGGCCAGCAUGACGUCUUUGGAGAUAUUUCCUUUCUUCAGGGGAACUAUGAGCUUUUACCGGGAAACCAGGAGAAAGCAUACACAGGCCACUUCCCUGGGCACAACGAGUUCUUACGGGCCAACAGCACCUCGGACUCUAUGUUCACAGAAACGCCUUCCCCAGUGCUCAAAAAUGCCAUCUCUCUCCCAACCAUUGGAGGGUCCCAAGCUCUCAUGUUGCCUUUAUUGUCACCUGUGACAUUUAAUUCCAAACAAGAGUCCUUUGGGCCUGCAAAGCUGCCAAGGCUUAGCUGUGAGCCGGUCAUAGAGGAGAAAGCUCAGGAGAAAAGCAGUCUGUUGGAGAACGGGACAGUGCACCAGGGAGACAGCUCAUGGGGGUCCAGCGGUUCCGCAUCUCAGUCCAGCCAGGGCAGGGACAGCCACUCCUCCAGCCUGUCCGAACAGUACCCCGACUGGGCGGCCGAGGACAUGUUUGACCAUGCUGCUCCAUGCGAGCUCAUCAAGGGAAAGACCAAAUCAGAAGAGUCUCUCUCUGAUCUUACAGGUUCCCUCCUCUCCCUGCAGCUUGAUCUUGGGCCCUCACUUCUAGACGAGGUGCUGAAUGUCAUGGAUAAAAAUAAGUAACAGGAUGCCAGCUCUUUUCCUUUGGGGUGAAAGGCACCAAAACAAAACAAGACAAAACAAAAAUACUAAACUAACCACAGUUGAAGGGAAGAGCUUCACUGGCUGUAUUUGCAGUCGUGUGAUGGGUUUUCUAAAGUAACCUUCCUACAAAAUAUUUUUUUACCUGUUAUGCCCUGUUUGCAAAAACAGUUUAGAAAAACAAACCUGUCCUGGCAGAAGGAGGAAGUGAGUCAGAGCCCAUUUUCGGUGGGCAUUGCUGAGGUUCAGCUCACAUUUUUUGCAGACAUGUAAGAAAGCUGCCUUGGCCAGGAUUGGCACUAGCUAUGAAGGGCUGGGUGAGUCACAUUAAGGAACUUUACAGUACUCCAACAUUUUCUGAGCAAGAGGAAGUCAAAAUUUAUUUAACACCUAAGCCUUUUUUCUAGACUCUUUUCUAUAUUAUAUUGUUUGGGCUCACAAAAGCAAAUUCUCUGUUGUUAAAACUUUUCUCCGUUUUCACAUUUGAACAACUUUAUGGGUUUGGGGGAUUUUCUUGUAGUUCUUAUAUAUCCUGUUAUAUUAUAUCUAUAUUGCAAAAUUUUGACUGUCAGCUACGUGUUGGUAAGACACAAGCAAAGUAUUACUGUAACUAAGUUAUUUUUAAAGUUAAAAUAUAUUUUUAUGUGCCUUUGGCUUUUUAUUGCAGAGUCUACAUUUUAUAGAUAAAACAUCAAAUGUUGUCAUUCGACUUGUUUCCUUUGGGGUUCCAUUGUAAGCUGUGUAUGUGUGUGUUUGGAAAAGUGUAUUCAUACUUAGCUUUAUUUUUUUUUCUUCAUCUGUUGUCAUACUUCUAACAGCAGCCAACAAUGGAUUGUAACAUGUAAAGGCACGGGCUACUCAUGAUUUUUCUGCAGAGACUGUGGGCUAAACCACAUAAUGUUUGGAAAUAUGGGUAUUUUAGUACAGUACAUACUUGCAUUACAUAGGUACUUCAUACAACACAAUAAAAAGUAAAUGUUAAAAUGAACUUGCUCGUUUAUAGUAGUAAGAACAUAAGAGAUGUUUUUUGAAGUCUAGCUAGACAAAUUGCUUUUCCAAAAUGUACAUGAACCUUUAAAAUAAUGUAAGUGAUGAUUUUAAUCCA